CCUCGCUGGGAACAGCAGUGACGGUUCUUGGCCGUGGUCACAAUGUCGGGCAGAAAGCCCCGGUCUGUGGCAAACCCCCUGGAGUCCUCGAUCACCACUCCCGGGGAGAAGAUCCUGAAGGAAUGCCACAGUCUGUAUGUCGACAGCGAAAACGGCCUGGUGAAGAUUGCCAGCAGCCUCGGAGUCCGGCUCCUGCCUCCAAGGAAGAAGAUCAUUGUGAUGAUAUUGGGUAACCACUCAGCAGGAAAGAGCUCCUUCAUUAACUGGUAUGUUGAGGAGCACAUCCAGAAAACAGGCGUGGCCAUUGAAACUCAGGGGUUUACGUUCAUCACAAGUGGCCGCAAGAGGGAAUCACUGACGGGGAACGCCACACUGCAUCUGUAUCCUCACUUUCGACCACUCCUUGACUUCAAAGGUGCUUUGGACUACCUGACUGCUGAAAUCUCUACCUCAAAGCAGAAGAAAUUCAGCUUGGUGACGUUUGUGGACACUCCGGGUUUGGUGGACGGAGACAUGAUCUACCCUUUUGAUGUUAAUAGCGCCAUCACCUGGUUGGGAGAACAGGCAGACUUGAUUUUUGUCUUUUUUGACCCAAUGGGCCAAGCACUGUGCAAACGCACACUCAACAUAGUGGAGAAGCUGAGUGAAAAAUGUGGUGACAAGCUUAUGUUUUACCUCAGCAAAGCAGACGAAGCUGGGAGGGAGACGGACAGGCAGAGAGUAAUGAUGCAGAUAGUCCAGGAACUGUGUCGCCGUCCAGGUCUCAACAAAUGUGGUUUUGAGAUGCCAACAAUUUACAUCCCCAAUCCACAAAAGCCGAGCAGGUGCGUGAACCAGAUCGAUAGUGUUUGUCAGACCAUUGAGAAGACCAUCAACCAGGCCGUGCAGAAGACUUUGGAUCAGUUGGAGAAAGAUUGCAACCUCAUUUGUUCCACCAUCAGCAGCAGACUGGAGCAAGACAGGGCUGAAGUGGCUGACAACAGAAGCAGACGUCUUCACUCUUUUGUGUGUGGAGCUUUGGGUAUUUUCCUUCCUUUCCUCUUCAUCCUCAGUUUCAUUGUGAACACCUUCUCCAAAGAGCAGCUGGAUGAGCUGUUGGGCGAAGGUUCAGCUCAGACUAUCACGCUCUUCACAGGAAUAGUAAUGUGUCUGUGGGAGUGGAUACCAGAAGAUGGACAAGUGGUGUUUGUGAUAGUUUUUGGGGCUUUCUGCUACCUCCUGCUUUUCCUGGCAAAAUAUUUUGCGGGCCGAAGGAAUAAAACAUUGACAAAGAAGGAGAAGAGGACGAUGGCAGAGUAUAGCGAUUAUAUCCAUGACAUCGUCAGAACUAAAAAGGCUAAACUGUAUGACUGGUACCUACAGCAGUGUGCAGCAGAGGGUGAUCUCUGACGCUGGGUAAGCUGAUGACGGUUUGGAUUUUUGCCGAGAUGCUACACGGUUUGCGUACAAAGCUGCACAUCUGUCACAAUGUGUCAGUUGGCAUUUAUGGUGGAAUCAGCGUGACUUUUUUUUAAAUGGACAAUCAUGUGACUGAAUGAUCAGAUCUUCCACCUGUCAGUCACAUUUAACCUCAACUCAGCAGCCCAUUUGAAAAGUGCCUUCUUUUUUGUUUUCCUCUUUUUAACUGAGCAUUGGAAAAGCUGUGAUUGUAGCUGUGUGGUGAAAACAAAUUUCAUAAUGUGACUUUUUUGUGUUUGUUUUUUUUAGUUUUUUUUUAUAGUAUGGUACUUACCUAAGACAUGCUAGAAAGAAGCCAAGUGUUUACAAAAUGACUUUUCUCUCUUUUAACUUCUGCUUUUACCAGCAAAUAUGUCUUUGUGAUGACUGUUUAUGUAGUCAUGGUCCAGAAAUCUCCUCGCCCCGUCCUGACGGACCUCAGUAUAACCUGAAUGUGUUUUCAUGUUGUAUGUCAGCAAUAUAGGCUCAAUAAGCAACACUAGGUUAACACCUGGCUGGGCAUUAUAAUUGGACAUGUAGAGUCAAUAAACCUUAUAGCUGCAAGCUGUAUCCUGCCUAUAAAGAUUGAAACUUACAGGUUGAUGUGUGAUAGUUUUGUUUUAAAGAUGUGUUCCUUUAAUUCAUCAGUAUGGUAAAGCUGGUUAACUGUGAAGUCCCUGCUCAGAUGGGAGCCUCCUGGAUUGUGUUAAAAAGCACUGAACCCUUCAAGUUUGCAGAUUGAUUCAUCUGUUAACACCCUCAAAUGCCUUCACUCCAGUGUUAUGCUUUAUAACUAUUUAUUAAUCUCAAAUGGUGUCUAUAGUUGAGUGUUUUUUUGUAUUCAAAUCUCAUCCCCAUCACAUCUAAUAGUCCUUUUCUUUUCCUCAAAUAAAAAAAAGUUUCUUGUCCUUGUUUUCAAAUUAUGCAGUGUUCUGUCAUUUGCGUACAUUGGAUUAUGAUGGGAUAACAUCCUAGUUUAGCACAGCAGUCUCUGUUGUCAAAUUACCUUACACUAAAUAAUUAAGAUGUCAAAGUUUGAUGGGCAUAUUUGAGUCAAACAGAGCCGAGUUGUUGCAUGACAGCCAACCGACAUUAACCCUCCCAGUUUGUGCCAUGGAUUUCCUUUUUCUAAUGAAAAAAUAUUUUAAAAUGUGUCCAU